AGGCCACGCCCCCGUUAGCACUUGUGGCUAGCGCCGCUGCUCGCUGCCAAAGAAGAACAGUGUUCCGAGAUUUGUCUUCACUCACCAGCCUGGGUAAAAGAUCGUCCACCUCUGCAUCAGUCCGUCAGUGACGUCCAGAUGCAUGAGUCUGGGUCAGAACCAGCCAGCCACAGCAUUCCAGCGAUUAAGAUAGAGAACGGGCACAGCAGUGAGAAUGAGAGUCGAGUGAGGGGCAGCCACACUCCUCCCCCAGAGGCACCACGGAUCCCAGUGUCGCUGUCGAUGAUGACCCCUCCCGCUGAAGCCCCACAGCAAAUCCAGCCGUCUCCACAACAGCAGGUCCUCAGUCCACAGCAGCUCCAGGCUCUACUGCAGCAACAGAAAGCACUCAUGUUACACCAGCAACAAAUUCAAGAUGUCUUCAAGACUCAGCAGGAACAACUUAAUCUCCAGUUGCUGCAGCACAAGAAUGUUGGAAUUGGUAAUCAGGAGCUCACACCUCAGCAGUUGGCCAUCCAGCAGCAGCUCCUCCAGGUCCAUCAACAUCACCUCCUAAACCUGCAGAGACAAGGCCUGCUCUCAGUGCUGCCCACCAACACCUCUGCUCUCACAGGUUCUGACAAUGGCAGCGUUGUUGGCACAGACACAAGGGAGUCUUCAGCUCUGUCUGCCACCAAUGGUCAUCACCACCUCCUGAAGAAAAAAGACAGUGGGUCACAGGACGAACAUACUCAAGCCAGCCAUGCUCUGUAUGGAAAUGGGAUGUGCAAGUGGCCCGGCUGUGAGACCGUUUUUGGAGACUUUAAUGCUUUUCUCAAACAUUUAAACAGUGAGCACACUCUGGAUGACAAGAGCACAGCACAGUGCCGUGUGCAAAUGCAAGUGGUUCAACAACUGGAACUACAGUUAAAAAAGGACAAGGAGCGACUUCAAGCGAUGAUGGCUCAUCUGAAGUCUUCUGAGCCCAGACCAGCAGCACAGCCUGUGAAUCUAGUGUCUAGUGUGCAGGCCUUCUCACAGUCACCCUUACCCAAAGCUGCUCCUCCCAUGAGCCUGUCCCAAAGUGCCACAGCCCCCUCCACCCCUGUCACACCUCACUCAGAGUCCCCCUCAGUCCUCACAGCCAACAGCGUCUUCAGUGGGACCCCAGUGAGGAGGCGCUACAGCCGCUCCGUCAGCCAAGGUACUGAUAUUGUUGACAAUAAAGAGUUUUACUUGAGCACUGAAGUCAGACCUCCAUUCACAUAUGCUUCUCUCAUAAGACAGGCAAUUUUUGAAUCACCUCGGCAACAACUGACACUGAAUGAAAUCUACAACUGGUUUACACGAAACUUUGCCUAUUUCAGGCGAAAUGCAGCUACUUGGAAGAAUGCAGUGAGACAUAACCUCAGCCUUCAUAAAUGCUUUGUGCGAUUGGAAAAUGUAAAGGGUGCUGUUUGGACAGUGGAUGAGAUCGAGUUUCACCGGAGAAGACCUCAGAAGACUGCUGGGAAUGGAUCUUUAAUAAAGAAUCCCCAAAGCCGACAGAGUGUUGCUGGCUCUGCGUCUCAGAGUUUUGGGGUAGACGGCAGUAAUCCAUUGUACAGCACAGCCUCUAUGGGCAGCAUCCCUCUACAUUCCCUGCCUCAAGUUCUCCAAGAGCAGAUGAAUGGAGCCCUCGCCAACGGCUCUGGAUACCAAAGCGACAGCAGCGCAACCCAGUCUCCUCCUCAGUCGUUUUUUAUCAAAGAGGAACAAGAGGAUGAGGAGAUCUGUGACAACUACGCCUACGAAUCUCCAGAGAGCAACGACGAGCCUGUCCACAGCCCCGAGACGAUGCACCACGAGGACAGGAGCCCGGAGAGGCCAAGCUUUCAUUUCGAUCGCGUGCCUUCACUCUGACUCAAAGGUCCAUGGCUCUAACAACUGCAAAGCCACCUGAUGAAGCAAACAGAGGGGCUUUGUGAUUCCAAAUAAGGUUGCGUUCACGUUCUAAUUUCAUGACAGUUGGAGAGCAAGGGCCUGUAUCUUCAGAAAAGAUUUCAAUUGUAGGUAUUUGGACAAUGUUCAAGGCAUUUAAGACUACAUCCAGAAGCCAUUAUUAAUCUGAGAGUUAGGUCUGAGUGAAGGAGAGCUACAUUGGUACUGCGUGCUCUGGACUUGUUUCAAACCUAUUUUGGGUAAACCUAACACUAUUGUAAACAUUGCUGUUCAACGAAGGAUUCUUUUAAAAACAAUGGCCUCUGGAUGGCAGCCGAAAUGUCUUGAAUUUUCACCUAUGAAACCUUUUCUACUAUGGGCCGCUCUUGGACAAAUGAGGGAUUACAUCAGUAAGUUAAGCCUUAUUAUUAUUUUUUGCCAAAUAAAUCUUGUGGUUAAAAGUCCUAUCACAUGACAACAUUUCACGCGUCAGUGAUGAAAUGAAUUUUAUUUCAACUUUAUUAAUUUGUGUUGUCAAAGAAGGCCAUGAUUUUUGUGGCGCUUUUUGUUUCAUAUGGAUUUGCCCCGUAAUUAGAUACAUAAACCUUUGAGAAGGUUUUAGGGCAAAUUCUAACAUAGAAUUCUGACUCUAGCUUAAUCUUUAACCCUGAACCGUUUGAAAUGGAUUCUUACGGCAUCACGUGAAUGCAACCUAUUCACAUUUCCAUUAGCUUAACCAAACAUUCUCUUAUUAGGGGGAUUAUUGUUUUGUAAAUAAACCUGAUUUUUCUUUUAUUGCCUAGUCUUUUAAUUCUCCCUGUACAGUAGAUACAUUUACACACAGUAUGUAAACAGUCUUUUUGUAUGUGUGCACAUAAGAGCAGAGAUGCCAAAGGAAAGGGAACACUGAUGGGUAGCACUUCAUUUCCCCCCACUGUAUAUCUGACUGAGGACACUACCUGAUUUUAUUUUAGUACAUAUUAUUAUAUUAUCAAAUGUUGAAAAGAUGAAAAAGUGAAAAUGUUCACUGCCAACAUGAGCUAAUGUAAUUCAUUUUAUAAUUACCUGAUUUAAAUCAUGUAGUUUGUUUCUACUUUUUCACCAUUGCUUGAUUUAUGGGGAUUGAGCUUAUAGGUGGUGCUAUAUUAGGUUUGUCAUUAUUGUAAAAAUGCAUCUCUAUGAAUAAAUGCCUAAUGUUAAAUGUGUACAA